GCGGAAACAACCAUUGCCCGUUCCUCUUCACACUGUCACAAUGGCACCCUCACGAGCCCUCCUCCGACGCAUUACCUCCGCAUCAGUGAGACCAUGCGUACGCCCGACAGCGCGUUUUGUUUCUACUUGUGCCAUCAGCUCGCAAUGCAUACGAAGCCGAUCAAGCAUACACAGCGGCCUCUCGCGACGACUGCGUUUCCCCGCAUCAUGCGUCCGGUCUUACUCGCAGACAGCCAGUACAGCACCUGAGCCGCCAGAAUACCUGAACGAGAAAGAGCUACAUGUUUUCAACAAGAUCAAAGCGGAAUUGGAUCCCGUAAAGUUAGAGGUACAAGACGUUAGCGGGGGCUGUGGAUCGAUGUACGCCAUAGAGGUUGAGUCGCCCAAGUUCAAGGGAUUGACCCCGAUAAAACAACACAAGAUGGUGAACGAGGUGCUGAAGGAGGAAAUUAAAGGCUGGCAUGGCGUUCAACUGAGGACCAGGGCUGCAUGAUGGCCAAAAGAUGCGGUUGUUUUAUGAUCUGUAGCGAUGCGUGUGUAAAUACUGUAACACCAUUGUUGUACCAUGAGAU